AUGAGACCUGGACCACGUCAGCAGCACUCCACCAAGCUAGUAGUUUCUGAGCUCUCAAGGACCAAUCCCUCCAGCCUCCCCUCCUGCCUACCCUCCUGCCUCCCCUCCUGCCUACCCUCCUGCCUCCCAUCCUGCCUAUCCUCCUCCUCCUCCUGCCUCCCCUCCUGCCUCCCCUCCUGCCUCCCCUCCUGCCUCCCCUCCUGCCUCCCCUCCUGCCCCCCUCCUGCCUCCCCUCCUGCCUCCCCUCCUGCCUCCCCUCCUGCCUCCCCUCCUGCCUCCCCUCCUGCCUCCCCUCCUGCCUCCCCUCCUGCCUCCCCUCCUGCCUCCCCUCCUGCCUCCCCUCCUCCUGCCUCCCCUCCUCCUCCCCUCCUGCCUCCCCUCCUCCUGCCUCCCCUCCUGCCUCCCCUCCUGCCUCCCCUCCUUCCUCUCCCCACGCAAGUGGCCGAUUCUCAAAAGGACGAGACCUGCCUCUCUUCCUGUGUCUUCCCCUCCUGCCCCUCUUCCCCUCCUGCCCCUCUUCCCCUCCUGCCCCUCUUCCCCUCCUGCCCCUCUUCCCCUCCUGCCCCUCUUCCCCUCCUGCCCCUCUUCCCCUCCUGCCCCUCUUCCCCUCCUGCCCCUCUUCCCCUCCUGCCCCUCUUCCCCUCCUGCCCCUCUUCCCCUCCUGCCCCUCUUCCCCUCCUGCCCCUCUUCCCCUCCUGCCCCUCUUCCCCUCCUGCCCCUCUUCCCCUCCUGCCCCUCUUCCCCUCCUGCCCCUCUUCCCCUCCUGCCCCUCUUCCCCUCCUGCCCCUCUUCCCCUCCUGCCCCUCUUCCCCUCCUGUCCCUAUUCCCCCCUUUCCACUGCCAGUGACAGGCAGCCGAUUCACAACAACAGACGAGACCUGGUCCACGCUACCACUCCGCCGGUUCACCUACCGCGAGCUACAGCAGGCCACGCAGUGGUUCGGCCCGAGCCAGAUCCUGGGCCGCGGCAGCUUCGGCACGGUGUACCGAGGCUCGGUGGAGGAGUGGCUCGGCGAGGAAGAUGACAGGAAGGUUCCAGGGGAGGAGAGAGGAGGAGGAGGGAAAGCGCAGAGGAACGAGGAAGAAAGAGCAGGGAGAGCAGGAAGAGCAGGAAGAGCGGGUGGUGGUGCUUCAGGUGGUGGUGGUGGUGGAGGUGGGAUGCCACGUCAGCGUGACGUGGCAGUGAAGGUGCUACACAGCGGCAGUUUCAAGGCCGUAGAUGAGUCUUAUAGAGAGGGGGAAUCUGCACACGUGGCUGUAUCCACGUCAGCAGGAGGAGCAGCAGGAGGGGGAGGAGGAGGAGAGGAAGCGGAGUUGGGGGGGUAUGAGUGA